AUGCCGAUCCCACUUGCUUCUUCCGGACCUCGAAGGCGUUCGGAAUUGUUACCCGCGAUGGAUCAUCGGUAUAGGUGUUAUGUGGAUGGAUCAUGGAAGGCGUCGGAUACGUUUGCAGGCCUAGGAUGGUUCUGUCAGCAGCCUCAGGAUUCUUUGACCUGGAUGGGGGCCUCGAACCUGCGCCGAAGUCUAUCUCUCCUACAUGCUGAAGUCGAAGCUCUAAUCUGGGCAAUGCGUUGCAUGAUUGGUCACAACUUCCGUGAUGUGAUGUUUCUUACCGACUGUUCAGACCUGGUAAAGAUGGUGUCUUCCCCUUCAGAAUGGCCAGCUUUUUCUGUUUACCUGGACGAUAUCGAGAUGGAUAGGGAAGAAUUCUCAACUUUUUCUUUAUCUCUUAUUUCACGAAAUCUAAAUGUAAAAGCGGACUCUCUGCCACGACAAGCUCGUUCCUCUCCGCAUCUCAUUAAGUAUGUAAACAACUGUCCUCCUAAUUGGCUCACUUGA